ACAUCACCUGGCGUUAGGGAGAGUACACGCGUACACUGCACUGCUGAGCUGACUGGAAGUUGUUAACAGUACAGUAUGGAGCCAUUUGAGGGAAAGAGCUUGAUUCUUGGAGUUUAUGAACCUGCAGAAAAAGAUGGACAGUUCAUCCUCACUCCAUCAUCAAAGGAGUUUAAUCAAAGAACCAAUGGAAAACUUGAAAACAUCCUGAAAAUGGGCUGUGACGAGUCUGCGAGAGGCUGGACAGACAGAAGUUGCAGUUGAUUCAUGUGGUGAUGCGGAAGCUGCUGCUGAAGGCUGCACUCUCUCACUGUUCUCAUUUGAUGAACUUAAACAAGAGGAUAAGAGACAGACUGCUGUGAAUGUCAAUGUCUUUACUGCAGGAGCUGAUGACAUAGCCAAUGCUGAUGCUUCAUGGUCAAAAGGCGUUGCGCUGGCUGAGGGCCAGAAUUUUGCUCGCCGCCUGAAAGAAAACCCUGCCAAUAAAAUGACUCCUACUAUCUUCUGUGAGGAAGUGGUGAAAAAUCUGGGGUCAAUCCCCAAUGUCAAGAUAACCAUCCAUGGCAAAGAGUGGGCUGAGUCAAAGAAAAUGGGAGCCUUUUUGUCUGUAUCUCAAGGUUCGGCUGAGCCUCUGAAAUUUUUAGAGAUAGACUAUGAUGGCGGAAAGUCUGGAGACCCACCUGUUGUCUUUGUUGGGAAAGGAAUCACCUUUGACAGUGGUGGUAUCUCUAUCAAGCCGUCUGCUGAGAUGGACAAGAUGAGGGCAGACAUGGGAGGGGCAGCCUGUGUGGUCAGCAGUAUACAAGCUGCUGCCUCUUUGGCUAUUCCUAUCAACGUGAAGGGUCUUGUACCUCUUUGCGAGAAUAUGCCAGGCGGAAAAGCUACUAAACCUGGUGAUGUGGUGACUGCAAUGAAUGGAAAAACAAUUCAGGUCGACAAUACAGAUGCUGAAGGCAGAUUGAUCCUGGCCGAUGCGUUGUGCUAUGCUGAAACAUUCAAUCCACGUCUAAUUCUUGAUAUUGCAACUUUAACAGGUGCUGUAGUUGUUGCUCUUGGAAGUACGGCAGCUGCUGCAUACACAAAAUCUGAUUUCAUCUGGCAAACGCUCAAUGAUGCCGGCAAAGUGACUGGAGAUCGUGUGUGGCGAAUGCCUUUGUUCAAGUAUUACACCAAGAUCAUGACCACAUCUGACUUGGCUGAUCUGAAUAACAUUGGUGGCAAGAGAGAAGCAGGAAGCUGUACAGCUGCAGCAUUUCUUCAGGAGUUCGUCACAACAGACAAGUGGGUGCAUGUUGACAUGGCUGGAGUCAUGAUGAACACAAAUCAAGUGCCUUACCUUGGGCAGGGAAUGUCAGGGCGCCCAACUCGAACUCUAACUCGAUUCUUGGAGAACCUCAGUAAUCAAACAGCAUAAUCUGGGGAAGGUUGUUGACUUUGUAGCCAGCAUUUUUGUCAUGAUAAGUAAUAAGAGUUGUGAGAGUGUUAUGUUUGAAUUUUUGUUGAGUGUCGUAAGGUUUAAUUUGAAUAAAAAGUUUUGACAUAUUUCUGUGGAAUUAGAAAAGCGAUGAAAAGUGUUGGGAUGUUUUAAGGUCAGGCAGAAACAUUUCUGUGUGAAAUAAAAAUGCUGAAAUCUCCAUGGGCUUUAAUGCAAGCAUGUUUCUUAACCACUUAACCUACAAAAUGAAUUGGUUCUCUUUAUUUUUUGCCAAGCUAGUUAUUUUGAUUAAGAGAAAAAUAUUUUUCAUGAUAAAACCAGGAGUUAAAAUGAUAUGUUUUUUUAUUAUAUUUUCAUGGAAACGAUAAGAACAGCAAUGCUUGUUCAAGAACAAUCCUGAAGUUUUGCUUUGUCCAUUUUUUUGUUCUGGCCAUUUUUCAAUCAGAAUUUAGAUCAUAUUUAAUUUUGCUAUCGUGCAAUAUGGUUGUUACUCAUAAGUCGUGCUAUUUCAAUGAAGUUGACUCAGUAACGUGUUGAGUAGUUAAUAUUUCAUAUUGCCAGUUCUGUUAACUUUUUCAGACGGAUGUAAAAGACACACAUUUCAGUUAAGUAUGGUUAUGUUGGUUUUGAGUCUACUAGGUGCUUUUUUGAUUGCCUCAGUAUUGUAUUGGGGGCGUUUUCACUUGUUUCCAUGAAGGACUCUUGAGAAUUCUUGUACAACUGUGAUAACUGUAGAAAUGUGGGUUUGUUUCGUUAGUGUAGGUCUUAUGUGAUAACUUUUUUUGUGGACUGGCCAGUGGAUUUGUUUACUUUGGUACAGGUGCUGCUCAGUUGAUUGCCAACAAUGUGCACAUAGCUGUACCCUUUUUCUCCUUAGAUUCUUUUUAUAUCGUUGCCAUGUGUAGCACAUCUACAGUUUUAGACAGAAAAAUAUGUCUUCACUUUACAGCAGACUUUUGUUCUUUAUCUAUAUGAUUGGAUUUAUCAAUAAAUUCUAAGAGACUAUGAUG